AUGGACACCGUGCGGGCCGGAAGUGCCCCGAAUUUAACCGCCUACAUAGAAAUGGACCGAUUUGGCGGGAUAUCAAAAGCCGGCGAAAAACUCACUCAAAGUAUGUUGUGCAUUCAAGAAGAACUCGGAAACCUAAAAGACAAGGAACCAGUCAAAGAAAAUGCUGUUGUGAACAAUAAAUUGGAAUCUGAUGUCUUAAAAUCCAAUGGCUGGUUUGAUGGAUGGUUAGGAUGCUUAAAACCAAUGUUGGGGGGAAUCAUGGGAAAAGGAAACAGUCAUGAUCUUAAGUCUUAUCAAGAUAACUGGGAUAUUCCAUUUGAAUCGAUUAGUGAUUUACAAUGGUUAGGUUCAGGAGCCCAAGGUGCUGUAUUCAGUGGAAAAUUAAAAAAUGAAAUUGUCGCAGUGAAAAAGGUGCGCGAACAAAAAGAAACUGACAUCAGACACUUGAGAAAACUAAAUCAUCCCAACAUAGUACAAUUCAGGGGUGUAUGCACUCAAGCUCCAUGUUACUGCAUAGUGAUGGAAUAUUGUCCAUACGGACCACUUUAUAAUUUGCUUAGAGAUGGUGAAGAAAUACCACCCAUGCGAUUAGUAUCCUGGGCCAAACAAAUUGCAUCUGGCAUGUAUUAUCUACAUGUUAACAAAAUAAUUCAUAGAGAUCUUAAAAGUCCCAAUGUCUUGAUUGGUCGUCAAGAAAUGGUGAAAAUCAGUGAUUUUGGAACAAGCCGAGAGUGGAAUGAGAUAAGCACUAAAAUGAGUUUUGCGGGAACUGUAGCCUGGAUGGCUCCUGAAAUCAUUAGAAAUGAACCCUGUUCAGAAAAAGUGGAUAUUUGGUCAUUUGGUGUGGUUUUAUGGGAACUUAUGACUUGUGAAACACCAUACAAAGAUGUAGACUCAUCAGCUAUUAUAUGGGGUGUAGGGAGUAAUUCUUUACAUUUACCAAUACCUUCAUCAUGUCCAGAUGGUUUUAGAUUGUUAAUUAAACAAUGUUGGGCAGCUAAACCACGUAACAGACCAUCGUUUAAACACAUAAUGAUGCAUCUAGACAUUGCUAGUUCCCAAGUGCUAGCGAGUACGCCUGAUGAAUACUUUAAAACACAGGCACAAUGGAAGAAAGAAAUACAAAUACAUAUGUUACAAAUGCAGACUAAUGGAAGUCAUAUCCCCAAAUUUGAAGAAGAUCUUAUUAAAAAAAGAAAAAAUGAGUUAAAACACGCACAAGACAUUAGGGAGCAUUAUGAAAGAAAAUUGGAACGCGCCAAUAAUCUUUACAUGGAACUAAGUGCUGUGUUAUUACAAUUAGAACAACGAGAAAACGAUUUAAUUAGAAGAGAAAAACAAAUGUCUAAAGUGUACAAAAAACGACUUAUAAGACCUUUAUUAAAAGCUCAAGAUAAAUUGAACAAACUGAAUAAAUCUGAUUCAACUACCACAUCACCAUCAUCACCAGAAAGACUUAGUCAACAAUUUGACUCUCAGUUAACCAAAGCUACACUUUAUGCUCAAGUCAGUAGCAAUUCAAACAAACCAGAAUCAAUUGCUGUUACACCAAAACAAAAUCUACGGAAAACAAGACCUAGAAAAGCUCAAAUCAUAUGCUCAAUUGUAAAAAAUAAAAAGUAUGAUACAUCAAAAGAAACUAACUGGAAGAGUCACCAAAUAAAUAGCAAUAAAGUCAAUAGUGAAACCCAGACCGAAACUAUUGAUUCAGGACUUCAACAAGACAUGCUCAAUGGUAACAUGUCUGAUUCUGCUCAUUCACAAGGUGAAGAUAGUUCUUGUAGCAGUGGUGUAAGACUGAGUGACGAUGAACAUUUAGAUAGGCUGGGCAGACAAGUAAAUGAAAUAAUUAACAAUAACAGACCUUCCAACAUGACCGAUUUAUCAGAUUAUUAUCAGGAUACUGAACCUAUUUCUAGUAACUUCAAUCUUAGGAGAAAAAGUGCUGGUCGGCGUCCAAUUGGACCUGGUUUACGAGUACGUCGAUAUAGAAUGACACAAUAUUGUCAAGAGCCAAAUGGAAAUUCUUUCUCAUUAAGUUCUUCAGCAGAAAAACAUGAUUUCUUAGAGGCUGAAAGUUCAACAUCAGACUCUGACAUGAAAGACAUUGAUCUAGAUUCGAGUUUUUAUAAAGUAUCUAAUCAGUUUCCAGUUUAA